GAUCACUUAGGUAAAUCGCUUAAAAUGGGGGAAAAAUGGGAUUCACGCAGAAAACCUACCUCCCACCUCCAUGAUCGUUUUCUCCCUCUUUGCUCCUCAAAUCUGCAAAAACUUGGAAAAUUUCUUCGUUUUUAAGUUAAAAAAACACUCGAUCGCUCGUCUCAAGUCUUCACAGUGGACUCUGAAACCCAAAGAUCUAUCAAUCCAUCAAAUAAGGUAAUUUGGUUCCGCCAUCAAUUUGUCAGGGUUUAAUAGUUAACCCCCAUUUUGCAGCCUCGGUGAAGUAUCUGUGAUAGAAAAAGUCAAUGUGGCAGACCUGGAUCUGAAACUCUUCUCCUAUUCGGGUCCUGGAAAAAGCUUUAGGUUCGAUUACGUUCUGUUUUAACCCUCACUAUUUUUCAGGUUUUUUUUCGGUAUUGGCCGAAACCGAUCCCGAUCCCGAUCCCGAUCCCGAUCCCCAUCCCCCCAAUCCCGAUUCGAUACCCAAAUAUCUAAAUCCCUCUUGCGUAUUUUAGUACUAGGCAGUUGCGUUUCAUUUUACCGCCAAAGUUCACAAAUACUUAAGGGCGUUAACCCUUUUCCCGCCUCUCAGCUCGAUACUAAGAAAGCCUCGACUCAGAUGGGAAACUAGACGGUAACCUCGACGGUCGAAGUUUUCUCAAGGGAAAUCUCUCGUUGCUGGGGAGAAGCAUCAGAGCUUCGGAUCUUAAUUUAACCAAAUUUCCUGUUGAAUUUUCGUUCAGGAUAUGGAUAUAUCUAGCCCUGCGGUAUUUGUCAAUGCAGAGUUGUUGCGCAUGUAUGUGGGACGGAAAGUUCGGACAGUGGUUCAAAUAGUGCGAACUGAUGGUGGGGUCAUAAUUGGGAGAUCUGCAGAUGAACAACAAUUAGUCAUAAAAGGCAGUCCACCACCUUUACCUCUGACAACUUUUGUUGAGGUUAUUGGUAUUGCUGACAUUAACCAAUCCAUUAAUGCAGAAACAUGGACCAACUUUGGUGACACAUUUGAUACCAAUUCAUUCAAUCGGCUAUGUGUACUUGCAAAUGGGGAAUUUAAAAGUUUGUUCCUCUAGGGAGAUGCAUCAAGAUUAUUGAAGAUAGGAUUGGCAAGCUAGGACCAGCUUCAUCAUCAUCACAAUACAACAGUGUACACUUUUAAGGGAUUGAAUCAACUACAAUCUGUCCACUGGAGGCUUGGUUCAGUAUCUAGUAUAAACUUGUAUGGUAACAGCAGUUUUGUUUGCUGCACUUUGAAAUACAAUAACCUUUGUUUCUUGGUACUGUGGGCAUAUUGUGUGGUUAAACUCCUGUUUUAUCGAAGAUCAUUUGCCUAAUGAUUAUGUGAACAUUAUUAAAGUUGCUCCAUACUAGAAAUUUUAAUUCUAUAGUUAUCAAUGCUUCA